AUGGGUAAUAUUGAUUUUGUUGAAGAAUGGCUUGAUUUCCAAUCAAAUGAUGUUUUCCAAGGUACUAUUGAUGAAGUUCAAAAUUGGGUUGAUACAUCAGAUGUUUCAGGAAAAACAAUAGAUCUUGACUAUGAUUAUGAUGGUAUUCAAAUAAUUGAUGAUUUAGAUGUCGAUGUUGGAGGUAAUAAUACUGAUCUAGGGUUGAACUCUCUGAAGGUUGAUCUGGGUGUACUUUUAGAUGGUUACGUUUUAGAUGGUGAUCUUGAAGCUAAAUUACAAAAGUUCAAUUUACAUCUGAACCCAAUACACAGUGAAAAUUUCACAAAUGACCAAAAUAUUGAUGAUAAAGAGAACAACUACAUGAAAAAAAAUCAAUCACAAAUAUCAUUAUAUUCUGCAAGAAAAACAAGAGAUUUAAAUUCCACCAAAUCAAUACAUAUUGGGAAUUUAAGUGAAGGAAAAAUUGACAAGGAAGAUUCAAGCUCUACUGGGUCAGGUAAAUUAAUUCUUGAUCAAUUACCAGAUUUUAAAUCUAAACCAUAUAUAAAUUGGGAAGAUUCACUUUGUAUUAGACCAGAAGUUUUAAAUAAAACUGAUGGAGAAAUUACUUAUUAUAAAGAUAUUGAUUUAAUUCCUGAUCAAACAUGGCUUCCAAGAAAGUUUCAGCAUCAUAAAGUCAAGGCAAACUUAUUACAAGGAUGUGAUCCAAUUCAUCAUUACCAUAAAAAUCCAAAUUGUCCAAAAUCUAGUGAAGGAGAAUCAUCAACUUUUAAAAACCUUGAUCAUAUAAAGAAUCUUUCAACUUAUCGUUAUUCAAGAAAAUCAAAAUUUUCUAAAAAAAUUGAAGUUAUGUGUCGUUUAUGUCGAGGACAAAAUUGGGUUCCAAAAGCCAAAUUUAAACAUCAUAUGGCAUUUUCUCAUGGUGUUCUUAUACCUUUCCAUAAGGAACAUCAAUCCAAAACUGGUGGUUCAGCUUUAUCAUUAGUUAAGUCACCUAUAUCAUUAUAUACUUCAAAAAAUAGAAAAUUUACCAAUUUUUUCGUUAAAUGUCCAAAAUGUGAAAAAUGGAUUAAACUAGGUCUUGGUGAAAAUUCUAGAAAAACUGGUAAAUCAUUUAAUGGAUUGUAUCAUAAUUAUUUUUUACAUUUUUUGAAGACUCAUGAAGGUGCAGGUCAUGAUUCGUAA